AGCAGUGAGUCCGUCGAAGAAAUAGCCGUAGAAGAAGAAGAGGAAGAAUCUCCUCGCAGUCAGUCGCAGGGUGAUGAGGUAGUUUCUGGAAAAUGGAGAGAAAACACAUGUCAGCUUUUGCCUUGUAUCAAACUCUGUCAACAGACGUUUCUCCUCCUGCUAAGAAGUCUUCCCUGCAGGUGGCAGAGAAGAAGAAGAAAAGAACGAAGGAGAAUGGCGUCAGUAAGGUCAACACAGUUAAAGCUCAAUUAAAGCCACAGAGGAAGAACAUGCGAAAGAAGCUCCAGAAGUCUGCACAAAGAGAGGAGAAUAUGAAGGGAAUUAAAGAAGUCGAGGAGUGUGUCAAUGGAGAUGGUGAGGCUCUGGAUGCUUUGCUGGCCGACCUUGCUAAAGUCAACAACAGCAGGGAGAGAGCGAGCAAACUGUUCCAGUGGCUCAUCAGCCCCGUUCUUUCCAAGGCCUUCUUCAGGGAAACGUGGGAAAAGAAGCCCAUUCUUGUUCAGCGUAAGAAUCCAGAUUACUACAAGGGACUGUUCUCCACAGCAGAGUUUGAUCGCAUAUUAAGACAGGAGGACGUUCAGUAUGGAGUCAACCUGGAUGUCACGAGCUACACUAACGGCAAGAGGGAGACACACAAUCCUCCGGGCAGAGCUCUGCCAUUCACUGUGUGGGACUUCUACGGGAGUGGCUGCUCCCUCCGCAUGCUGAAUCCUCAGGCUUUCUCCUCCACAGUGUGGAAUGUGCUGUCCAUCCUCCAAGAGCAGUUUGGCAGCAUGGCAGGAGCCAACGUAUACUUGACACCACCUGGAACACAAGGCUUCGCUCCACAUUAUGACGACAUUGAGGCGUUUGUGGUUCAACUGGAGGGGAAGAAACACUGGAGAGUGUACAGCCCGAGGACAGACGAGGAGGUCUUGCCUGUGCUUUCAAGUGUAAACUUCGAUCAAGCCGACAUUGGGAAGCCGAUCCUGGAGGUGGUGCUAGAAGCCGGCGAUCUCCUUUACUUCCCCCGAGGAUUCAUCCACCAGGGCGACUGCCUCCCAGACACUCACUCCCUCCACAUCACCAUCUCCUCUUACCAGAAGAACAGCUGGGGGGAUCUCCUCCACAAGGUGGUUCCAGCAGCGUUGGAAAUAGCGAUGGAAGAGGAUGUGGAGUUCAGACAGGGUUUACCUCUGGAUUACCUGACAUACAUGGGAGUACAGAACUCUGACGAGGACGACCCACGCAGGACAAAAUUCUUCUCACGAAUUGAGAGUCUGAUGAAGAAGCUGACAACAUACGCCCCGGUCGACGCUGCCGUGGAUCAGAAAGCCAGAAGCUUCCUCCAUGACUGCCUUCCUCCCAUGCUCACACCAGAGGAGCUGGCCAGCAGUGUGCAAGGAGCGUCUGCCAGGUGGGAACGUGGGCAAGUUAUGGAUGCAGGAGCACAAAUCACAACGCAGACCCGAGUCCGAGUUCUCCGUGCUGGAUGUGCCAGGUUAUGCAGUGAUGGAGAAGCUGUUCAUCUUUACUACACAACAGAAAACUCCAGAGUUUACCACAAAGAGGAGCUCAAGAGUUUCGAAAUAAAAGUAGAGCACACAGAUGCCGUUGAGUUUCUGAUCCAUUCGUAUCCCAAAUUUGUGACAGUAGGAAGUUUGCCAUGUGGUUCUGCAGAAGAGAAGAUCAAUUUGGCUGAGCUGCUUUUUGAGAGGGAGAUCAUCCACACUUCAGAACCUCUGUAGUGGCCACAGAUUCUUCUUCUUUUUCAGUCAUGCUGACUGCAUGAAUAGAUUUGCUUCUCUACAAUACAAUGCAAAACCAUUUUCUUGCCCCAAGUAGUCUUCAUUAGCUCUACUGGAAUGGUCACGGUGAACAACCCAUUUAUGAAUCUGCUCUCUGUUCUGCAUCAAAUAAACCAGUUUUUAAAAAAGAAUGAA